AUGGCGGAGUCCACCAGCAAGGAGCAGCCAGACAAACCCUGCGCAUCUGGUGAUGAGGUGGAGACUCGAACCGCCGAGAAGCUGGCGGAUGACCCGCAGCUUACGCUGCCGAAGCUGGUGUUCAACAGCAUCGCUGCCGUGUUAAUGUACAUGUGGUGUGACCUCCUCGGCCGCCCUGUCUAUCCCCUCGCCGCCUACGUCGCGCUCCUGAUCUCGCCGCUGCGGCUGGGCUGGUCCCCUGCAGAGCGAUAUGAGGUGCGGUCCAUGAUCUCUAUCUAUUUCUUCGUUCUGAGCUCCGGACUUCUGCCUCUUUGGUGCCUGAAGCGCGGCGGGCAGGUGGGCCGCACGCUGUUCGGCCUGUAUGUGGCCUGGUACAUGCUGGCGGACACCGCGCCGCUGAGAGGCGGCCGUUUUCUUCCGUCCCUCCGCCAGCGCAACUUCUGGAGGCACUUCGCGGCCUACUUCCCCAUGUCCCUGACACGCACCGCCAAGCUUGAUCCGAAGCGGAACUACAUCUUCGGCUAUCAUCCGCACGGCGUGAUCAGCAUGGGGGCCCUGUGUAACUUCACCACCGAGGCGACGGGCUUCUCUGCGCUCUUCCCCGGACUCAGCCUCCGCCUCCUCACGCUGGGCCUGAACUUCAGGAUACCGGUGUUCCGCGAGUAUCUGCUGGGCAUAGGUGUGAACGAUGUCAGCCGUAAGUCGAUCGAAGGCAAUCUCGCGCGAGGGCCGGGGGCGUCUGUCAUGAUCGUCAUUGGAGGUGCUCGUGAGUCGCUGGAGACGGCGCCGGGCACGAACAAGCUCAUCUUGGGCAACCGGAAGGGCUUCGUGAAGCUGGCUCUGCAGCGUGGGGCUUCCUUGGUCCCCGUUUACUCCUUUGGUGAGACGGACCUCUUCGGCGUCUACGCCUCCAACCGAUUUCGCAGGCUCCAGCUCUGGCUGCAGAAGCAGCUGGGCUUCGGCAUACCCUUCUUCUUUGGGCGAGCUCUGACAGGCGGUGUACUCCACCGUGUAUUCGGCAUGAACCGGGGCGUGAUGCCGUUGCGGAUGCCGGUUCAGUCCGUGGUGGGCAGGCCUAUCCACGUGGACGCUCCCGUGCCCAAGCCGACACAGGAGCAGAUAGAUGAGCUUCACGCCCGCUACGUAGAAGAGCUGCGCAAGAUCUACGACGACUGGAAGGCGCCUUUCCUGGAAGAGCGGACUCGGGCCAUGGAUCGACAGGGCGAUCGUGCCAAGGAGGUCCUACGACGAGGGAGUUUCCAUUUGGAGAAGAUUGAGAGCAUGGUGAUCAACUGA